AAGUUUUCCAGUCUCAAAUUCUACGGUAUCAUGCGCGUUUUUACGUGUUUCUUUCAAUAUCGGGAAUUAUCGGUCAGCCCAUUACGUGCGUCAAGAGCCUCAAAGGUAAAACAGAUUGCCUGGACAGCAUAUAUUGUUACUGGCCGAUCAUCCAUUCCAGCGGAGUUCGCCAUGGAUUAAAUUUUCAGGUACCACAAACCAUCUGAUGCUUGGCCGCGGCGGAUCCCGAUUCCGCCCUUUUCGUCGCCAGGGGAUGAUAAAACCUGAACCGCGGUAUCCGAUCCCAGAUCGCUCAUCAGGCAAUCUCUAAAAAGAUUCACCGGCUUUUCUCAAUGUUCACCUUGAUAAGGCCCGAUUGUAUCUUGAAACUUCAAUUGCUCAUUUUUUUGAAUCGCUGACGAGGAAUGUUUCAAUGCCUUGAUUCUCAGUUCAGCGUGUUUCUGGUUGCGGGAAAUGGUCUGUGUAUCUGGCCAUUUUGCUCGGUGUUCUCGUGUUAAAAAUUGAAGGUUACAGCCACGGAAAAUUCCACUCUAUUGGGAGAUGCCAUUAUUUCUGGAUAGCUUCAUUCUUGGGACUCUGUCACAGAAUAGAAUAGAGAAUUGAAUUAAAUUACUGUUGGGCUUGGCUGCUUGCUCCAGCCACGCUACCACGCAAGCGCGUGACGUCAUGCCAAGCUCUCAACUCGACGAUAUCAACCCUUGACUAAACCCCUCCUUAUCAUGAAGAAUCAUCGAUAUCCUCUUCAUCCUGUAUCUCCCCUCACUCUAAUCCAUUAAGCAAUCAUCAUGGCGUGGAAAGACCAUCUCAAGCGUCUCAAGAAUGAGUUCGAAAAUCUAGUCGGUGAACCCCAAGCUCAGAAUCAACAACAACAUCCCCCACCGCCUGGGCCUCCUCCACCUCAGCAACCCAUCGGCGGCCAGCAGCCAGGCCACGUCUACUGGCAGCCUCAGUUCCGGCCUGAUGUCCCCGUCACACAAGAGUGGGAUGCAAAGAUCGGAAACGGCCCGGAUGGCUGGGGUAACCAGGAAUUGCAGUACUACACCGCUGAUCAACAAAAUGCCUUCCACACUCCUGAUGGAAAACUGGUACUGAGAGCUGUUGCGAAUAAUUCUUCUGGGGACCAUGAGAAGCGGUACACCUCUGCUCGCUUGGUGAGUCGGCAGACCCUCUCGCGCGAUCAGGGCGUCCUCACCGCCUGGAUCACUUCACCCUGCGCGACGGGUAUCUGGCCUGCAUUCUGGCUUCUUCCCCAGGAGCCUUUUUCGUGGCCUACAGAUGGUGAGGUGGACAUUGCGGAGACGUGGAAUGGAGAUCUUGAGAAUCAUUCUUGUCUGCACUGGGGGCACCACCAUGAACCUCACAAACAUCGUGUUCUCGGCACUAAAAUCCCCGACAUGCAGCAUCGCCCCGUCAGGUAUGACUUUGCAUGGCUCCAGUCCGGUGGGCAGCCUGGUCAGGGUAGAAUGAUCUGGUAUAUUGAUGGUAGGCCUGUUAUGAAGGGAGAUAUUCCCGAGGGUACGAGGCCAAUGAGGGAGAUGACUAUUCUUCUCAACGUUGCUAUGGGAGGUAAUGUUUGCGGCGGUAAGACCCCUGCAGAUGGAUACUACGAUAUGGUCGUGCAUAGUCUGUAUAUGGGAAGCGAGCCGGAGUAUGGUGGCUGGCAUCGAUUCGAGAAUGAUUGGGCGGCGUCGCCAAUGGGAAAUACCUACUGAGCCUGAAAAAUAACAAAGGAUUACAACAUUCGAUCUUGCCUACAGCUUUACACAAAGCUAGCCUGCUUUGAAUAUUUCCGAGGUCAAUCAGCAGAUGUCAGAUGUUGAUGUACUCAAGAUUAUGCCACUUUCGAUCAGAACAUAACUCAAGAUGGAGAUGUCGGAUGAUCUUGAUGAUAGAGAUUGUCGGGAUUCGGGAAAUUCUAAAAAUACUUGCGGAUAGACGAUAAGCUUCGAUAAGAUGAUAAGGUUCGAUAACGCUCUGAUAAGAUAACAUCUCUUCAACACAUAUUCCCACAGAAUAGUAAGGCAGAGCGACUACCUAGAUUUACCUUUAGAUAAUAUUUCUUAUAACGAAUUCUGUGUCUCUAAUGGAAGCUUUAUUGGUUUUGACUAUGGAUCUAGAUUUGUUAAGUUGUGGAGUUGCAAGAAGCUACUAUAUACGGUCAAGACUCACUGCUGCAUUGUUGAGCAGAGGCAUUAAAUAUAUCAGAGUGG